UCACAAAUAAAGACCAUAAAUCACUUCUAAAACCUUUACUACGAGAAACUACAAAGAUCGACUGAGUAGAUCGACCAACAACAAAUUACCACAAUCAAUUGGCCCUACUCAUACACAACUUGGCCUCAAAUCGCAUUCUUACAAACAUCACAAAAACUAUCCCAAAAUCGAAAAUGUGUCUUCCUUUCGGACGAAGCAGCAACAACCGUCGCUACGGUGGCAGCAGCGGAGGCAUGAUGGGUGCUCGCCCAGUCAAGGAGGUUCACCACCACCACCACGGAGGAAUGGGCGGCGGCCGCAUGGGUGGUGGCCUGGGAGGAAUGGGAGGAGGACGUAGGAUGGGAGGAGGUAUGGGAGGAGGACGUAUGGGCGGCGGAAUGGGCGGAAUGAUGGGAGGUCGACGAAUGGGUGGUCGCUGCUGAGAGGGAUACUGUGAUUGAAUGAUUGAGACAUGACUGUUCAUGGAAGAGCAUUAUAUGUAUAAUAGAGCGCAGCGUUUAAUUGAUAGCACAGACGAUUCGACAUACCGACGUAACCAUGAUCACGCGUC